AUGUCUUCGAAAAACGCCGCUGUCUUCCUCCUCGGCCUGCUUCUCUCGUGCGCCACCAUGAGCAGCGCAGCGAGAAUCUUGGAGGAGGAGACCGCUCCAUCCAAGGACGAAGAGCACAAGCCCGAGCUGCCAGCGUUGCCCAAGGUUGAGCUGCCGCCAUUCCCGGAGGUGCACUUGCCACCUAAGCCCGAGCUGCCGAAGGUUGAGCUGCCGCCGUUCCCGGAGGUGGAACUCCCAACCUUCCCGGAGGUGCACCUGCCACCCAAGCCUGAGCUGCCCAAAGUGGAGCUGCCGCCAAAGCCAGAGUUGCCCACCAUUCCCGAGUUCCACUUCCCAGAGCCGGAGGCUAAACCAUGAGGAAUGGAGAACUGUCUUCUCAGUAUUGUUGUCUUGCGU